AUGUUGUGGCUCAGUAGAUCCCUGUCUAUCCUUUUUCUGACGAUCCAGUUCCUGGACUUUGUCCACCCAGCUCCCUCCGAGGGGAAUCUGCAAUUUGUUUUAACAUUGGACAGGCCGUCUGAUCUUCCCGAGCUGCAAUAUCGCCUCCUGCAGGCACAACAGGAACAGGAUGAUCUGGAAGUUAUUCGAAUGCAGUUGAUGCAGCUAAAUUUGCUAAAACUGCUAAUAGUCCUGGAUGUCUUUAUCCUAAUUUGUGUAUACUUUUCUGGCAGAGAAGUUCGAAACCAGAAAGUUAUAACCUUGUGA